CUUGCUUCCAAGACAGAGCAUUGCGGCUCUUCUAUUGCCCUUCUUCCACGAAACAACCCACCUGCACUUCUGCCCCGCCGAUAAUGCCGCGAGUAAUCAGCUAUACGCCGCCAUGGCUGAUGCGACCUAGCUCCGGCUACCAGCUAUUUGCGCCUAAACAGAGUACCAGCACCGCUCUGGUACCAAAACAAGCUCCUGGAAAGCGAAAGACCAUCGCGACGAGAGGGUCGGAGAUAUUCACGGCCGUGGGAACAGAGAUACGUUGGGCGGACCUUGCAGCAUUGAAAGAUGGCCUGGAUUCGUCGCGGACAUUGAAGCUCUCGGUUCCAUUCCCUAUAACACAGCUGGUCGUGUCACCCUACAACGACUACAUAGCUGUGGCUACCUCGCACACGAUCCAUGUAGCAAUUCUACCAGACUCGAGCCUCUUAAAUUCCGACGAUGAUUCGCCAAUCAAGCUGAAAGCUUUUCAAAUUGGGCCACUCGCACACGUUCGAGAAGAGUCACCGUUGGCUUCAGUGCUAUGGCACCCGCUAGGAUACCAUGGUCGUUGCUUGGUUACAAUCACUCAAGAUGGAAUUGUCCGCCUAUGGGAGAUCAAUCGUACGGACCGGUCCAGUUUCGCCGAGCCGGCGCUCUCUGUCGACCUCAAGAAACUUGCCAAUGCUGAGAACGAUGAGGACGAUCUCAGCGCGUCGAAGCUUGGUGCUACAAAAGGCUUCUCGCCAGAUUCAUUUGAGCUCGAAGUGGCGUCCGCCUGCUUCGGCGACUUUCCUGAGCAAGAGGGUGUCCAUGGCUGGGCGCCGAUGACGCUGUGGGUUGCUAUGGUUGAAGGGGAUCUCUAUGCCCUGUGUCCGUUGCUUCCUAGCAAGUGGCAGUUGGUAGAGGCCGAUUCCUCCAAUACCAUCAUGGAGACAUUGGCAACUUCAAUCAAUGUUGCCCAUGAAGACUCUCAAGAGAAUAAGGAUACGCCAGCUGAAGAGGUUGAGACGGCCCAGAAGCAGCUGUCGUGGCUCUCUGAUAUCAUUUACUCAGAACCUUUUCAAGAGGUAACACCUUUUGGAGAAUCUAUAAAGGUGUAUACACGGCCUAAUAGUGUUCCCGCUGUUCCGUUGCUCCAGGGUCCUUUUUCAAUCUCAUCACAGGGGCUGGAUGAUUUCGAACUUACCGAUCUUAUCGUAUUUUCUCUGAAAACAUUCACGGAUGGAGAGGAUGGGGAGCCGGCAGAAGGCUUGCCUGCUGCGGUAGUGUGUAUUCUUACAGAUACUGCAAAAGUACACAUAUGCUUGGAUUUGGAGGGAAUUGUAGGACGUUGGUUGCCUUCCGCAACAGACGACUUUUCUGCCUCCAAGCCCGUUGAGCAUAACCUCGUUCUACUGGAGACCCUUGUCUUGACCAAGGAAGAAACUUCUACUUACAGCCAGAGCAUUACCACAGAUGUACACACGGAUUUCUCGUUCUUCGUGUCUCAUCCUAGCGGUAUUUUUUAUAUUUCUCUUGAAUCGUGGGUCCGUAAUCUCGAGGAAGAACUCGCCAAUCCGCAGAGCGAAGGCAUGCAGUUCCGUCUAACGCGCAUGUUGGAUUCUGCCACCACUCACUUGGAACUCUGCCUGCCGCGACCUGCAAGCAACAGUGGAGCAGCAGUUCCAGAUAAUGCGACUUCAUGCAUUGCAAUUGAGGAUGGCAAUAUUGGAUACUUCCUCCUCACAACAUUCGAUAAUGAGCCUCAUGCUGUUAUCCUAGACGCACCGGAAGAUGGCAUGCCUACAGAAGAGCAACUUGCAGAAUACAUGGAAGUCGGCACGCUUCCAAUGCAGACACGCCCUGCGUACCAGCCUCCCAAAGAGCUAUACGAGCCACUGCAGUCCGUAGCUGGAUUAGACAAACUCAUUCCACAACGACAUCGGGCUAGUCUGAAGGAGGAGAUUCGCUUGUCCCCGGCCAACCUGAACAUAUUGAUGGACGUCCACCGGGUACUGAGUGAUGACACGCAGAAGCUCCAACGCGCAGUUGCAGACCUAUUCAGACGCUGCCAGCGUCUGCAGGAUGAAUACCGGGACCAGAUCUUCAGAACAAGUCAAGCAAUGACAAACAUAGAGGCUGUCACAGGUAAUGAUGGGACUGAUUCGAACGGGGAGGUGAACGAACACUCCGCUGCUAAGAUCGAUGAGCGCUUGGAGAGGGUCAAAUCUCGUCAAGAGGAGAUCAAUGCAAGAUAUGAGGCGAUUAGAAGGAAGAUGGCAUCGGUUGGAGGGUCGGAACUGAGCGAAAAAGAGGCCGGACUGGUGGAAGAGUUGCAAGUGAUGGAACGCAGCCUAGAUCCCAGCGCGCAGACAUUGACAGACGAUGCCGACGGUAGCGACAUCCCAGCGUGGCAGCGUCUAGAGAAAAUCAAGCAACUCAAGAAGACCCUCACGAAGCAAGCCGAGCAGACAUUGAGCGCGAUACAGGAGCAACGGGCGGCUGGUGACACGGGAGUGAAGGUGCCAUCACACUCUCGCAAGCAGGAGAACGAACAGAUCGAAGCACUGCUUCAGCGCGAGACGGCCCUGGUAGAGGCGGCUACAAAUCGACUAAGGAGCUUGGGAGUAUCAAUACCCCAGGUCGAGGGGAAUUAAAUCAUCUUUUGCGCAUGUAUUGGGUGCGUUUGCAGCGACAAGUUUCAGGGUCAAGAUUUUGCGCAAAGAAAGACUAUCUGAUAACUACUCAGGUAGAUAACUCCGCGAGGAAGUCUUGCCGGGUUUGUACAGUACAUAUCAAUCCUCGAAAUCAAUUAUUAUAUUUAUUCG